CCAAAUGGCCGCGUAAACCCUAUGAGUGAAAACAGCUCUCAAAUUUGCCGCUCAAACCAGGGGUUGUUUGAAUUAUGAUUUUCAACAUGGACAAGAAUAGCAAUGGCUUCUAAGAAGAGAAGAAAAAAUUCACUUGCAGACUGUACAAAUACCCCGCGCAUUUCUAGGCCUCGAAGAGCUUGCUGCUCCUACGUUUUACCAUCUAGUACAAAACAAAAUCUCGCCGUCCAAUCCCCUCAACCAAAUAAUCCGUUAAUUGACAACCAGAGUCAAAAUGAAGGCCACCUUAAAGUUAAGAGCAGCUUUGCUACUCCAACCACUGUUUUGGCUGCUAUAGGAAGCUACCGGACUCCUCAGCGUGCUGAGGAUGGUGGUCAGACUACUAGGGUUUACAGCAAAUGCCGUGAAAAGGAAGGAGCAAGUUUGCAGGUGACGUCCAGUUGCCCUCCGCUGGGAAGGGGUUCUGUUAAAAGCCAGCAUAAAGCUGGUGGAUCCUCUGAAGCCAAAAACCUGUUGAAGAAUUUUGAAGAUUCCCUUACACCAGCAAGUAGCACCCAUGAUCAGAAUGAAAUAUCCUUGAGUGGCAAUGAUAUCUGCAGGGAAAACCUCAGUACUCCACAUCCUUUUUCAGCAGCUACAGACACCUUUCAGUUUUCAGUUGAUAACGAGGAUGCCAAUUUCCAGAAUAUUUUGGUUCAGCGUAUGCUGCAAGGAUUGGACUCUAGGAGUUUCGAGAAGGCUUCCUUGAGCUGCCCUCCUUUGGGAAGGGCUGUGCGUAAAAGAUCUACAGUUGAGAGAUGUACCAAAGUGCGUUUGAAUUCCUCAUUAGGUGCUUGGGAUGAUUCGCCUGUGUCAGGAAUUCCAAAGAUGAGGGCACAAAGAAGGCGAAAUUCUGUACCUAUAAUUGAGGGGAAGUAUAGUAUGCCUGAAAAUUUUGUCCAGGAACAGAGUGAGGGCACAAAGAAGGCAAAAUUCUGCAUAUUUAUGUUUAUCAAAUUUUGUGGUUGGUUAAGUAUUUGGAACUUAUUUAAACUUGUUUGAACUACCUUAUCAGAUGAGGGCACAAAGAAGGCGAAAUUCUGUACCUAUAAUUGAGGGGAAGUAUAGUAUGCCUGAAAAUUUUGUCCAGGAACAGAGAGCUCACUUUGCAGAGGUUGAUGCUUUUGUUCUUCAAG